AUCUUCCAGCGCCUCUAAGAGCGCUCUCCUCUGACGCAACGGCGCGAUGGCCGCCGCCGUAGCUAGGAUGGCCGCUUGUCGGGGGAAGAUCCAUUUUCUGCUGCGCAAUAUAGUGCGAAGCUUUGCUUCACAGACGGAGGGAGAAAUCAGGGUGGCACAAGUCCUUAAAGAAAAGUUCCCUCAGGCUGCUGCUAUCAAAGUAGUAGAUAUAUCAGGUGGCUGUGGAGCAAUGUAUGAAAUCCAUAUAGAGUCUGAAGAGUUUAAGGAAAAGAGAAUGGUACAGCAACACCAAAUGGUCAAUCAGGCUUUAAGUGAUGAAAUUAAAGCAAUGCAUGGACUACGGAUAUUUACUUCUGUUCCCAAGCGUGGCAGCUAGGAGUGGCUGACGACGUGCAAGAUUUUCAUAUUCCAGAAACUGGUGAGGCUCUGAGAGAAUGCUGCUUAGCACAUGAUACAGCCAUAUGCCUUCAUUUCCACCCUCCCAUGCUUCUCCAUCUCCCUCUGAUCUACAAUCUACAAAUAAAAUCACUGUGCUGAUGUGCUGUAAAAUAAGGGUACCUAAAGGCUCGUUUCAAAAGCAGUAUUUAUUUCAGAUGCAGAGGUCAGCUCUCUUAAUUGCAUUGAUUAUCCUCUUUUCCCCAAGAAGACUCGUGUCAGAGUAUCGUGUGAGUCUCUUUUACCAACAGCUCUAGAGAAAGAAUGGAGAAUAUUGUAGACAGGAAGAAGUACUCCUUGAUACCCACCCCUCUUUAUGCAAAAGUAUGCCAAAGUUCAAGGGAAAAUUAUAGAUGAAAUGUGCUGCACUUGUUUCUGGGGUUUAUGGCGAUUGAGGAGCUCAAAAGGAAUUUCAGAACAACAACUACUGAAAGAAGAAUGCAGAUGCCUUGUACACAGAGUGCCUUCCUUGUAACGAGGUUGCUUUAAACCAGCUGUUCUAAACAGCACAGUUUUCUAGCGUUAAAUGAUCCUAGCAACAUUGUUUUAUUAGCUGUGAUAAGCAGGGCUGCCUGUCAUGACCUUUCUAGGAAUGUUACUGCAGUUAGUUUCUUGAAAUGUUAAAGGAGGUGUGAUCUUUGGUGAAGAGUCAUUUGCCAUUUUAGCAUGAGCAGAAGUGUUGAGUUCUGAAUAUCUAAAAUAAAAAUGCUACUUAAGUUUUCUUCCA